AUGCGCACCCGACGACAAGACAAGAUCCAGUCCGAGGCUGUUGGGACGGCUUCUACGUCUGCGCGCUCCGAGGAGCCCAACUUGCCGCCGUCUCCCUCCACGGACGCGCUGAUUGUUAGAGAGGGUGCGGAGCCGGUCGUCGCAGCAUUUGAGGAGGCAAAGAGGAAUGUCACGCAGAAGUCCAAGAUCCCCAAGGCCAUCCAAUUUCCUCUUGUCGUCAUCUUGAGUCUGGCCGUUUCGUCCGUUGGGUACUCAAUCACCUAUCCCUACACGAAGGCUGCUAUAGCUGUGCAUGCGCGCAGUCUGGAGCAUUGGAGCGAAUAUGGAACUUUGAUGGCUUGGAGAAUCUUCGAACUUGCGCUGGGCUGGUUUGGCGACUACGAUGGCUAUGACCUGGCGGCGCUCAACUUGCUGUCACAUGGUCCUCCGCUUUACCUCUUGAACGCCUUCUACAGAGUGCCAGCCUCGGCACUCAUCCUGACUCUUGCCAUCGAGACUUUCGCGACCUAUCUUCCAUUCAGGCUGCUCCGCUCAUUGUCCAAGGCGCAUCGCGAUCCCGCCAACGCGCCCAAUGCCGACUUGCUGACUGACAAGCCGAUUGCUCUGUUGACUACACUCCUUUCCGGUGCCAUCUAUACCGUGACUCUCUUCGCCGCUUACGCAAGUUACCUCCCCACGGCCUUGAUUGUCUACUACGACAGCCUGCCAUCGAUCCAGGCGGCACACGAGUCGACUUACAUCAAUCUCCUCCCUGUUACGCUGACGCUUGGCUUCGCUGCCACCAACUUUAUUUUCACCCCUGCCGAAGCCGAGGCAGAGACGAAGGCAGUUGACUUCGACCCCGUUAAUGCGUCUUUGAAGGAGACAUUAUCCUGGAAUUUCUGGGGCUGGAGCAACAGAACCAAGACUGUGGUUAAGCGUACCGCUAUUUUGAUGUUGGUGACGGGUGCUAGCACAACUAUUCAGACCGCCCUCACUGUUCAAGGCGCUGAGCCCAUCGGCGCAUUUGCAUGGGCCACCCCUUGGGUCCUUGCUUCUGCUGUAACCGGAGUCGCUUUGGGGGCUGUGGGCAGUGUCUAG